AAUCAGUCGUCUGUAGUGCGGCCUCCGAGAGAGGGGGAUUCUUCCUGGAGACCCCCGAGAGGGGCGGGCGGAGCGCAGAGACAUCAUGCCGAUUGUCACCCUUCCCCCCAAGGAGAACAACCUCUUUAAGAGGAUCCUGAAAUGCUAUGAACAAAAGCAGUAUAAGAAUGGACUGAAAUUUUGUAAGAUGAUCCUCUCCAAUCCCCGGUUUGCUGAACAUGGAGAGACACUGGCAAUGAAAGGGCUGACAUUGAAUUGUCUGGGAAAGAAAGAAGAAGCUUAUGAGUUUGUACGAAAAGGUCUACGCAAUGAUGUGAAAAGUCAUGUCUGUUGGCAUGUCUAUGGCCUUCUUCAGAGGUCUGAUAAAAAGUACGAUGAAGCAAUCAAGUGUUACAGGAAUGCUCUUAAACUGGACAAGGACAAUUUGCAGAUACUGCGGGACCUUUCAUUAUUACAAAUACAGAUGAGGGACUUGGAAGGAUAUCGAGAAACCAGAUAUCAGCUUCUUCAGUUGCGUCCCAUGCAAAGAGCAUCAUGGAUCGGCUAUGCCAUUGCGUAUCAUUUAUUAAAAGACUAUGAGAUGGCCUUAAAAUUGCUUGAGGAAUUCCGGAAGACUCAGCAGGUACCCCCAAAUAAAAUAGACUAUGAAUAUAGUGAAUUAAUCCUGUACCAGAACCAGGUAAUGAGAGAAGCGAACCUUUUCCAAGAGUCCCUGGAUCACAUUGAGGUUUAUGAGAAACAAAUCUGUGACAAGCUUCAGGUGGAAGAAAUCAAAGGUGAAGUUUACUUAAAACUUGGAAGAUGGAAAGAGGCUAGUGAAGCAUUUCGAGAACUUAUUAACCGCAAUCCUGAAAACUGGAAAUACUAUGAAAAUGUGGAGAAAGCUUUGCACCCUGCCACCGCUGAAGAACGACUUGAAAUCUAUGACGAAUUCUGUAAGCGGCAUCCAAAAGCUGUUUCCCCCAGAAGAUUGAUCCUAAACUUCAUUACAGGCAGCAAGUUUAGAGAACGAAUGGAUAAGUUCUUAAGAAUUAACUUUAGCAAAGGCUGCCCGCCAUUGUAUACAACCUUAAAAUCACUGUACAGCUCUGCAGAAAAGGUGUCAGUAAUUCAAGAGCUUGUCAUUGGAUAUGAAAAUACAUUGAAAACAUGUGGCUUAUUUAACUCUGAAGGUAAGUUUUCUCCGGACGGUAUGUUGUUGGGACAAUUAUAUUAUUGGAUCCGUCCUCAUAUAGGAAACCUUAAAGAAGCUGCCAAGUGGAUGGAUGAAGCUCAGUCUCUAGACACUGCAGACCGAUUUAUUAACUCCAAAUGUGCAAAGUACAUGUUACGAGCCAAUAUGAUCCAGGAAGCAGAGGAGAUGUGCUCAAAGUUUACAAGGGAAGGGACACCGGCCAUGGAAAAUCUAAAUGAGAUGCAAUGUAUGUGGUUCCAGACUGAAUGUGCCUCCGCUUACCAGCAACUGGGAAAGUAUGGGGAAGCACUAAAGAAAUGCCAUGAAAUUGAAAGGCAUUUUUUUGAAAUAACCGAUGAUCAAUUUGACUUCCACACAUAUUGUAUGAGGAAAAUGACCCUGCGUGCCUACGUGGAUCUUCUACGGCUGGAAGAUGUAUUGCGACGGCAUGCAUUUUACUUCAAGGCAGCGCAGACUGCCAUAGGAAUCUACCUAAAGCUGCAUGAAAGACCCUUAUUGAAUGAGAGCAAAGAGCAGGAAGUCAAUUCAGAAAACCUUUCUGCAAAAGAGCUUAAAAAAGUGCUAAGUAAGCAAAGAAGAGCUCAGAAGAAAGCCAAAUUGGAAGAAGAGAGGAAGCAUGCAGAGAGAGAACGUCAGCAAAAAAAUCAGAAGAAGAAGAGGGACGAAGAGGAAGAGGAGACCAGCGGACCUAAAGAGGAGCUAGUUCCUGAGAAGCUGGAGAGGGCUGAAACCCCAAUAGAAGAAGCAAUCAAGUUUCUUACACCAUUGAAAACCCUUGUAUCUAACAAUAUAAAAACACAUUUAUUGGCAUUUGAGAUCUAUUUUAGAAAAGGCAAAUUCCUCUUGAUGUUGCAAUCUGUCAAAAGAGCAUUUUCUAUUGAUAGCAACAACCCAUGGUUGCAUGAGUGUUUAAUACGCUUCUCGAAAUCAGUGUCAGAUCACAGUAAUCUGCCGGACAUAGUGGUUAAAGUACUUUUACAUGAGAUGAAGAAUAUCUUUACCAACAAGAAUCUGGAGAGCUUCAAUGAAGAGUUUCUCAAAAACCAUUCUACCUCCAUUCAGCAUUUGCUUUCAGGGGCAAAAAUGAUGUAUUAUUUGGACAAGUCAAGACAAGAGAAGGCAAUUGCCAUAGCUACCAGACUUGAUGAAACUUUAAAUGAUCGGAAUGUACAGAAUCUGACAAGGGUCUUGGAAGCACUUCUUGAUGGAAGCUUUGGAAGCUGUAAUACUCGCUACGAGGAGUACCGUGCAGCCUGCCAUAAACUGUUCCCCUUUACCCCUGCCUUUAUGCUGUCUGCAAAUGAAGAAGACUGUAACACCGUUCAGAUAAACGAUACAGCACUUAACCAUGAUGUGCUCUGCAAUGAAAUGUAACAAGACUUCAGGAAACAAAUGUUCAGGGUUCACAUGCAUUAGGAUGCAUGGCACAUAGGAAUGUGGUUCGCUUUUUGACCUUGGCCUUUCAUCCUUUCUCUCUGAGCCUCCCAAAGAAAGGCCAAUAAAUGACAUAGGUCGAUAUCUCUCAUAUGUACAACUGUACAGUUUUCAGCCAUUUAUUUGGAUUACGGAAGGAGAUAUUUUGUUUCUUCUGCAAUAUGAACAUGAAACAGGGCAAAAUGCUUUCCUAGAAUGUUGCAACUGUAGACUAAUAUUGACAAUAUUUCGUGUCAUGUAGCAGUUCUAGUUGAGAAAGAAAUACUCUUAGCUUGAAGGUUUUUACAUUUUGGGGGGGUGGAUUUUAGAAACAGUUGUAAUUUUUAUGGCUUCUCUUUUAAGUGAAGCAUCACGUGUCAUUGACCCAUGUAGGUAGCACUGAUAUACUGUGCUGCUUCUUGGUGUAUAUAUGUUUGCCAACCAUACACUUCAACUCCAUAUGUUUCAGUACAGAUGGCAUCGCAACGUAUCACCGAAGCAAUAUCAAAAUGGAGUGGCUGUAUUUUCCUGUAACUCUUGUGUGUUGUGAAAAGAGUUUUUUUUUUUAUCGGUUGUGUUUAAAUCCGUCAUCCGCUGUCAUUGAGUGCUGGUUGUUUCUCUUUUAUUGUUCAGACUCCUGAUUUUUGUUGUGUUAAGAAUGAGUUCAGCCCCUGUUUAAGACAAAUGGUAAAAAUUCUCAUGUUAUAUUUGUUCAGAAUCCUGAGGUUAUUCUUAGAUAAGAUUUUAUCCUUCAUAGAUAAUCCUGUAAACUUGAACACAAUUUUUAUUGGUUAAUUUCUGUACUGAUUCAUUUCUUAGCUUUUCUGAUUCAGAUAUGUUGCAUAGACUGACUGGCUGUACCCCCACUAGAAUUAGGUUAACACUUAAUGCAUGCUGUUAUACAUUUGGAAAGAAAAUGGGACAUCUUAAGUGUCCCUGUCAUUUCAAAAAACUUUUGACCUGUUCAUGAGACCCCCACCGAUGAGGAGAAUGAGUGGGGAGAAUGCUUUAAAGGGGUACUCCGCUGCCCCAGCGUUUGGAACAUAUUCCAAACUUUUGGAGCGGGCGGCAGGGGUUGUGACACGACCACGCCCCUCGUGAUGUCAAGCCACACCCCCUCAAUGCAAGUAUAAUGGAGGGGGCAUGACAGCCCCCCCGUGAUCUUGCACGCAGCACCCCGUUUAUAAUCAGUCCCCGAAGCGUGUCCGCUCCGGGUCUGAUUACCGGCAACCACAGGGCAGAUGGCGUGUGCUGUCACGCCCCCUCCCAUAGGCUUGCAUUGAGGGGCGGAGCGUGAUGUCACACGGGGGUGGAGGCGUGACGUCACACGCCGUCGCCCCUGUGGUCGCCGGUAAUCAGACCCAGAGCAAACACGCUUCUGGGACUGAUUAUAAACGGGGUGCCGAGUGCAAGAUCACGGGGGUCCCCAGCGGCGGGACCCCCGCGAUCAGGCAUCUUAUCCCCUAUCCUUUGGAUAGGGGAUAAGAUGUCUAACACCGGAGUACCCCUUUAAAGUAAAGCAGUGUGUAGUAAGCUCCCUCUAGUGGUGGCUAUAGGUAUGUCUGUGCAUAAGCACCAUCUAUUUAAAUCACAUAUUAAAGAGGUUAUUCCAUUUAUUAAAAUUGCCUGGGAUUGUGUCAAAAAGAAAAGAAAAAAAACUAUACCCAUUUAAUCCUCACCACUCCCCAUCAGCCAUGCUGUUCCUCCCUAUAAGCCUUGUUAUAUGGCUGCAGUAAUGAUGUGGCUCUUAGCCAGUGAUAGCUGCAUCAGUGAUGUGGGUAUUUCAGCACAUCAUCACCGUAGCCAUCUAAACAAAUCCGGGGGAAUGGAGUGGCAGCACUGGAUGCUUUGAGGAAUAAGCGGGUUAGUAGAACUUCUUUUAAUUCUAGCACGAUCCCAAGCACUGAGCAAGUAGCCCAAGAAUUUAUCGGCAGCCUUCGGGCCCUAAAAAAUAACAACGUGGUAAAAAGUGGACAUUGACUCUAAAGAUGAACAUACAGCAUGAUCUCCUGCUACAAUAACCCUCCAGUCUGGAUCCAGUUGAACUGGUACAUUAGAGAAUUACAUAAUAUGCAUUUUCUUAAUUUAAUGUUUUAUUUAAACCCACUUUAUUAGAAAGUAGAACCAUCCCAGGAGGUUCUGUCUGUUGAAUACAGCUGAUGUACGGUAAAACCUAUGAAACCUACAGAAGGACACCUUAUCCAACACCUUAUCCAAACCAGAUUGAGUGUGAUAGAUUUCUGAGUUAACUAUACAUCGUGCAUAAUGGCCAUUUUCACCGUACAUUACUUUUUUUCUGGCAAUGUAUUUUUUUUAGACUGGCCAUUAAAGGGGAAGUCUCAUACCUGAAAUUACAGAAAAACAUAUUUCCUAUCUGCAGAAUAGGGGAUAUGUUUUAGAUCACGGGAGGGUCUGUCCGCUGGGCCCACCACAGUAUGGGGCCCCGGCUCUCCCCCAGAGCAGUGCAUUACCACCCGCAGCGGGGGCCGCUACACCACCUUCAUACAUCUCUGUGGGAGAGCCGUUCGGCAAUCUUCAUCUCUCCCAUAGAGAUAUAUGAAGGGGACGUGACAGAAGAAAAGUCAUAACAUAACAUGCUCCACUGUGUGGUGUGAUAUUUUCCUAUAAAUCCAUUGCUUCUAGGACAGAUACGCAGUGUAUCAGAGCUUGUUCUAUUGAUCCAUGCUCCUGUUUCAUCCUCUUAAUUUACAGCAAACAAGAAUUUUUUUCCAUUUACUGAUUUAAAACAGAGCUCUUCUAAAGGGUUGAGUGGAAACACAAAGAGGAAUUACCAAAGCCAAUAUUCUGACAUACAUAACUUGCAAAUUUGGCAUAGCUUGCAUUUGCGCAAAUAUUUCUCUGGUCAUUUAAAGGGGUACUCUGGUGGAAAACUUUUUUAUUUAUUUUUUUAAAUCAACUGGUGCUAGAAAGUUAAA